AUGUCCAACCGCUCAGCACAUGGAUCCCCUUCUGGGGGACCGUUUGGUGAUAUACAAGAUUUUGAGGCACCGGUAGACCCGACCAGUUUCCACCCGACCCUAUUGGACACUAACCCGCCCGACAUAGCGGGCCCACUACUGGCGCCACAACAGGUGCCAUACGGUUACGCACCGGCCUAUACUCGAGCCGCAACACCACAGCCCCUGUACUCAACAGAGUUGGCCGCGGCUGGUAUUUUUGGGCCGAGACAUGACUACUCAACAGUGGCCGCAGAGUUGGACCUGACUCAGCCGUGGACUGCGGCCAAACACCACGUCGAGCGGCUGGGCUUCCGGUUUGACCGGGUGUUCGGCUUUGGAGCUUUUGGCGACAUAUGGCUGGUGUCGGUUGAGGGCACGGUUUUCCAGUUGGCCUGCAGACUGUCCAGCGUUGAGACAGUGAUAGCCCGGUCGGGGCAGUCAGUCCACGAGGCCGUACGCCAGUUGCUCCGGGAGGUAGAGGCGAUGCGCGGUCUGAGGCACCCAAACAUAUUGUCGAUGGAGUGGGUGGUGUGCGCCCGGGCGACUGGGCUUAGGGCACUGCACCUGUUUGUAUUCAUGGCCGUAUGCAAAGGUGAUAUGUGGGGACUAAUAGAAACUCUGCCGGACCGUAAACAGACGGAAGCCCAGGCACACGACUGGUUUGUACAGUCCUGUCAUGGGCUGCAGUACCUGCAUCGGCAACGCGUGGCGCACCUGGACCUUAAGCCCGAGAACAUACUGUACCUGACGAUGGCGGACACCCGCACCGGUCAGCCCAAGCGUGUGUACAAACUGACCGAUUACGGUCUGGCGCAGUGGUUUCCGGUGAAUGAGCCCGAUAUGCAAAACCCGGUGCGCAAAAACAGCAUAGUGUACAUGUCGGACGAGCUCGUGAGCGCCGCCGGCCAAAUGCGCGGCCAACUACUCGGCCAACUGUUGGGCCAAACGAGGUUUGACACACGCAAAGUGGACGUAUACGCCAUGGGUGUGACUCUGGCCUAUGCUGUGGUCGGGGCUGAGAUUGCUUGGGAGUGCCUACAGGCGGGCAAACUUCCGUCGGGCGCCGUAUGGAUCCCGGAGCACAUGUACGACAAAGCUUACAGCCAACAACUCAUAGCACUUAUGCGAAGUAUGACGUGCGCCGACCCCAACACUCGUUACACCGUAGACCAGGUGCUGGAGUCCGAGUGGGUUACCGGCAAUGAACAGGCGUACGGCGCGCCGCCUGACAUCGCGGAGCCCGCGGUGAAGGUGAUUAGCACCGGGCAGUCGGCCACCGAUGCGACCAAAGCCCACCCAUUGAUACGACUCUCGGCUGCCUUUCAGAAGGCACGGGCCGGCGAUCAGUCGACGGUCACCGAUAGGUCCCAAGUUGUUGGCGAAGUAGAUGUGGGCGCCGGUAGAGCGGGGCCGCCCUCUCCCGCGGCCGGCGGGCUGUUCGGUGAGUUAGUCGGCAAACGGGUUGAGUCACAACAGGAGAGAGAGGACCGGGAGGAUAGGGAACAGCAGACAAUGGCCCGAUUGGGACUGCCGUUUAGCCGCGAGUUGGGCCGAGACGUGUAUAGUGCUGUAUAUGAGGGCACCUAUACUGAGGCGAUCGCCAAUAUUCAGGGCCGGGCGGCAAAGUUUAUGACCGAAGGCGACCGUCCCGUACAGCCCGGCCACAAGUUCGCCGCCAAACGGGUAGUGUUCACCGCCGACACCGAUGUCUCCCGUCGACUACGCUAUGAGAUUGAGAAACAAGUGCUGAAAGAACUGGUCGGUCACCCGAAUGUAGUCACCUAUCGGGUGACCGUCAACUUUGGCCGACAGACAGUACUCAGCAAUACGAUUGGCGCCCGGGAUGUGCUCUGUUAUGAUCGCUCGUAUAUAGUCAUCGACUAUACAGACGCCGUUCAUUUGGGCCAAUUCAAGGGCUCCGGCGGUCUCACUGAUGGUUUGGCCGUUCAGUUUAUACAAGGAUUGAGCGCAGGUCUGUUUCAUAUGCACAACAACGGCAUAAUCAAAGGUGACAUCAAUGAUGAGGGCGUACUUAUAUGCACGGGUGAGGGGCCCGACGGGUAUGCGGCCAAGUGGGCCGACUUUGGCGCGAGUAUACACCGGCAACUGUUUAGCCAAUGGGGUAUCGCUAUCAGCGACCAAGAGUUUGAUAAAUAUCGGCGCCAGGAUUGCCAACAGGCGUCCGGAUUGUUUGACUCAAUGCUGGCCACAGUGGCCAUUGGUGCCGACGCGGAGGGUAUGUCCGGUGCGGUGCAAGAGAUGCGCACAUAUGUGGCCGAAAUGCGUGUCUCUCAUCAGCCCCUGAAUGUGUUGAUCCGUAAGUAUCGGUUCAAGUGGUGA